GAGCCCCUCACCUCGUCCCCUGUCCCGUUCCCCCAAAAACCGCAGCAAAGGAAGGAGGGGCAAGAAAUCAUCGAGCUCGCCGCGACGGAUCCGAUCCAUGCCAUGGCGGAGCCCGACGGCGCGCUCGAACCCCCUCCUUUCCCCUCUCCGGCCGCGCAGCCCCCGCUCGCCGAGUGGCCCGAGGGCGGCGUGCUCGACCCCCCUCCUUCCCCCUCCCCGGUCGCGCAGCCCCCGCCGGUCGAGUGGCCCGAGGACGGCGUGCUGACACGGGACUGGGUGGCCAGCUUCACUGCGGCGCUGGACUGGUGCUCGCGGAGCCUCCCGCCGGACCAGCUCCCCUCGGUGCUCUCCGCGGACUUCGUCCGGCGGCUCGUCGUCGCCGCAGCCGUCAUCCUCCACCGUGAGCCCAACAUCGUCCGCGUCGACCCGCGGCCGGACCAGUCCGUCGUCGUCGUGGGGGACGUCCACGGCCAGCUCCACGACGUCAUGUUCCUGCUCCGGGACGCUGGGUUCCCCUCGGAGGAGCGAAUCUUCGUCUUUAACGGGGAUUACGUGGAUCGCGGCGCUUGGGGCCUCGAGACCUUGCUCCUCCUCCUGGCAUGGAAGGUAUUCCUUCCAAAUUGUGUGUUUCUUCUCCGAGGAAAUCACGAAUCCAAGUACUGCACGUCAGUAUACGGUUUUGAACAGGAGGUAAUGGUUAAAUAUAAAGGUCAAGGCGCUCAAGUUUAUCGGAAGUUUUUAAGAUGUUUUGAAGAUCUCCCUCUAGCAUCAAUAAUAGCAGGAUGUGUGUACACUGCUCAUGGAGGGAUUUUUCGUGGGGCGGUUGUACUACCGUCGAAAAGAUCGAAAAGAGCAAAGAAAGGUCACAAAUAUAAGGCGAGUCCUACUGAUGACUCUACUACUUUGAAGCUUGGAUCCCUGGACGAGUUGUUAAAAGCGAGAAGAACUGUUCUUGACACCCCAUAUGAGGGGUCGAACUUAAUUCCUGGAGAUGUGCUUUGGUCUGAUCCUUCCUUAGAUAAGGGUCUUUCCCUGAAUAAGGAAAGGGGCAUUGGUUUGCUUUGGGGUCCAGAUAUCACUCAACAGUUUCUAUAUACAAAUAAUCUGAAGUUAAUCAUCAGAUCACAUGAAGGCCCAGAUGCAAGAGAUAAGCGGCAUGAUCUAUUAGCAAUGGACAGUGGAUAUACAAUCGACCAUCAUGUCGCAUGUGGAAAGUUAAUAACUCUAUUCAGUGCCCCAGACUAUCCACAAUUUCAGGCUUCAGAGGACCGUUACAACAAUUCUGGAGCAUAUAUUGUCCUCAGUCCACCUGACUUUGCUACCCCCGAUUUCCAUACUUUUCAAGCUGUAAAGCCUCGGCCUAAGGCGCAUCCCUUCUAUGAUUUCGAAGACGUAAUUGAUUCUGAUGAAGAGUUAAAUUUAGGCGCCAUGGACACUGGCAUGUCGAGCAGUUGAUCACAAGUUGUAUUGUAUUAUUGUACUUAGGAUGCAAACUGUCGCUGUGAACCGGGGAAGUGGCAACUAGUUCCUUUGUGAUUGGUACUAACAUUGCAGACUUCUUAGCUGAUAUUUUGUCACGUCCGCCAAGAUUAUCAGUAGGUUGGUUGGUUUCUAGCCUGAUCUGUAUUCACUUAACCAUGGAAAAAACAUCUGCCAUCAAGUAAUUCCUGGAAAUGCUGAAUGCAGAUUGCCAGUUCA